AUUUUGUAGGUUUUACCCAGAAAAGAAAAAGAAAAAGAAAAAUGAUGGGAGUUGGAGUUGUACAGACACAACAGGCACACAGUCUGUCAACCAUGUGUUGCAGUUGCACAAACCGAUACCAAAACCAAAAGCAAAGUAAAGUAGUAAAAGUUGGUUUCUGUUUCUCUAGACAUUCAUCAACUAUUAUGUCCAGUGUUACCAAUGUAAGGAGUCGACCCAGAAGUAGGAGGAGGACCAGUUUUGCCACCAGAUCAUCAUCAUCCAAUGACUCUUCUUCAACCUCAACCCCAGAGUCAAAUGAAAAAGAAGAAGUGGAUAACAACAAUAAUAACAGUAAUAGAAAGGGCCCUGAUCUCAAAACGCUUGUGAGGAGAUUCUGGAAGGUGGCAGCCCCAUAUUGGUAUUGUGAAGAAGACAAAGUCCAAGCCAGAUGGCAGUUGGCGGCUGUGUUUGCUCUCACUCUAGCAACCACAGGCAUCAGUGUCGGCUUCAACUUCCUCGGCCGUGACUUCUACAAUGCUCUUGCCAACAAGGACCAAGAACAAUUCACGAAGUAACUUCUGUAUUACCUGGGUGCCUUUGCUGGUGGAAUUCCGUUUUUUGUAUUGAGAGAUUAUGCAAAAGAAAUUCUAGCUUUGAGAUGGAGGUCUUGGAUGACUAGAUAUUACAUGGAACGCUAUCUGAAGAAUCAGACAUUUUACAAAAUUCAAUCACAAUCAAUUAUUGACAACCCAGAUCAGCGAAUUGUUGAUGAUUUAAGUUCCUUUACUGGGACUGCCCUUUCUUUCUCUUUGAUACUAUUCAAUUCUGCUGUAGACUUGAUAUCAUUUAGUAACAUCUUGUAUGGCAUCUAUCCUCCACUGUUUAUCGUUCUUCUUGUGUAUUCGAUUGGAACAGCUUUAAGUGUUUUUCUUGGAAAGGUGAGUGCCCUAUGUUUUCAACAUACAGUAGAAUUUUUCACAUAAAGAUAAUACCAGUUUGACUGACUGGAGACUGUUUCACUACUAAUUUCAGGGUUUGGUGACUCAAAAUUUCUUGCAAGAGAAGAAAGAAGCAGAUUUUCGUUAUGGACUUGUACGCGUUAGAGAAAAUGCCGAAUCAAUUGCUUUUUAUGGUGGCGAAGAUAACGAAAUGCAACUUC